AUGGUUGCGGGGAUUAUUCCCCUCGAUCACUUGGCCCCUCGGCUGGCGGAGGCCUAUGCCGCCCUUAGGGAUCUGAAGGGACUAGUCCUUCCAGGCACUAGGGCCAGGCUGGGGGUUCUUGCCAGGCGCGGUGCAAUCGCAGCAUGGAGGGAAGAAGAGCUUGGGCUACUGGAUUCCCCAGUCGCAACGGGAGUACGUGUGAGGGAGGCUCUGGCCGGUAGGUUGGUUGAGUGGGUCGAGAGGCCACACUCUAUUGAGUCGACCUUCCGCACCACCCAGCUGAUGACCGGUCAUGGAUGCUUCUCGGCAUACGUACACAGGAUCGGGAAAAGAGAAUCCACGCAGUGCUUCCACUGCGAGGCACCGUGCGACGAUGUGGAGCACACGCUGCUCGACUGCCCGGCAUGGGUUGACGCCAGAGACAAUCUGGCUGCUGCAAUAGGAGCGGGAAGGCCCACACUCCCUGAAAUAAUCAGGGCUUCUCUGGAUACUCCGGGAGGGUGGUCCGCCUUCCAAUCCUUCGCUGAACGCGUCAUAAAGACGAAGUUGGAAGAAGAGAGAAGAAGAGAAAGGCGCAGAGUGCCUGGGAGGGCUCGCGAGGGGCCGCAAAGGAGUAUGACUCCAAUGCGGCCGCCACGGGCGAGGCUUCGGCCAACCCCAGCAGCGUCUGGCCCAUCCUAG